AUGGACUGGCACUAUGAUAGUCAAACUUACUUUCCUGUACCAGACAUAUCAUCUUAUGAUGUCAAGCGCGCCGUAUCCGCCUCCUGCCCAUCCUACACCAUCAUCAACACCCGCGGCACCAGCGAAGCCCAGGGGCCCUCCGCCGGCUUCAGGACAAUGAAUUCGCGCGUCACUGCCGCCCUCAGCGGCGGCAAGAUCUACGACACCGUCUACCCAGCCGACUUCUCCCAGAACUCGGCAGCAGGCACCACCGCUAUCGUCAACAAGAUUACCAGCACCCUGCGAACAAGCCCUAACGAGUGCUUCAUCCUUGAGGGGUACUCUCAGGGUGCACAGGCUACUGUCAAUGCUUUGCCAAAACUCACAGGCGCCAACUUCAAUGCUGUCAAGGGCGUCUUCUUGAUCGGUGACCCAGCGCACAAGUCUGGCUUGACUUGCAAUGUCGAUAACAACGGCGGCACUACUACCCGUAACGUUAAUGGUCUGUCUGGAGCUUUCGGCACAGGUAUCCCAAGCAACUGGAUUUCUAAGACACUUGAUGUGUGCAUAUACGGUGAUGGUGUAUGUGACACUACACACGGCCAGGGGAUCAACGCACAGCACCUUCAGUAUCCUAGCGAUGCUCCUACACAGAACCUUGGUAGCACUUUCAUCCAGAAGCAGCUGGCUUAG